AUGUGCAUCCUAUUUGCAACCAGGUCUCAUAAAGAAUAUGAGCUCAUAUUGAUAUCUAAUCGUGAUGAGUAUUUGGGUAGAAAAACACACGAAACAUGCUGGCAUAACGAUAAUUUUAUACUUUCACCAUAUGACAUGUCAAGGGAAGAAAAUCAUGGUAAUAAAAUAUUUGGCACAUGGUUAGGCAUGAAUAAGAAAGGUAAGAUUGCUACCAUACUAAAUUUAAGAAGAUUUUCGUCUAUUGAUCUAAAGGAACUAGUAAAACCAAGAUCAAGAGGCCUCAUCCCUUUUACCUUUUUGUACAGUGAUUGGACAAAUGAAGACAGCUUUGAAGAAUGGGAGACCUUUGAAAAGUUCAAAUCAAAGUACCCAUUUCUACAGAGCUCUGGUGAUUUCAAUUUUUUUUAUGGAGAUAUAAAAGAAGGUAAUUAUAGGAUCAUCGAUUCUUUAGGAAACACGUUUAAGGUAUUAGAUAAUAAUAACAGGAAUAUGAUAAUCUCAAAUGACCUUUAUCAACAUAAAGAUGAAUAUGAAGGAAAACCCACCUGGGGUAAGAUUAAAAUAGGAGCUGAAAGGUUGAAUAAAUUUUUGAAAGAAACUGAACGUAGUAACGAGGAUGAAGUUCUUGCAAAAUGCUUUGAAUUGGCAUCUUACUGUUCCAUAGAUAGCUCAAUCACACGGGAGGAAAACCCCAACAAGGAACUUGCGGCUGAGACCAUAUAUGUGCCACCAUUAAAAGUCUGUCCCGAUGAAGAUAUCGGCCUGACAAAGACAAAUGGAAAGUAUUACGGUACAAGAACCCAAAUCGUUGUCCUCGUUCAUAAAGAUCGGAAACAUGUAACGUUAGUUGAGCAUACUAUUCAUAAUUCAGACGAAGAAAUAUAUAAAUACUCCGGACUGAAUCCAAAAGAAGUUCAAAGACUUGAUUUUACCAUAACGUGA